AUGCAUUCUACCUUUUCUAUGAAGGAAUUGGGGCUGAUCAAUUAUUUUUUGGCAAUCUCUGUUACUACUUCUUCCUCAGGAUAUUUUUUAUCUCAAAGAAAGUAUGCUACUGAAAUUUUGGUUAAAGCUGGUAUGACAAACUGCAAAGCUUCUCCUUCCCCUUUGCCUCUCAAAACUUGUCCUGAUUCUGUUGAUGAUUUACCCUUUUCUCAGCCUUCUCUCUAUCGCAGUCUUGUUGGUGCCUUACAAUAUCUUACUAUUACGCGUCCUGACCUAGCUUUUGCUGUUAAUCAUACAUGUCAAUUUCUUCAAUCCCCUCUUACCAGUCAUUUUGCUUUGGGAAAAAGAAUUCUCAGAUAUCUGAAAGGCACUCUUCAUCAAGGUCUCCAUUUUGCUCCUGGUCCUCUUACCUUACAUGCCUUUUCCGACUCAGAUUGGGCAGGCUGUUCCCUUGACCGCCGCUCAACCACUGGUUAUUGUGUGUUUUUAGGUCCUAAUUUGAUUUCUUGGUCCGCUAAGAAGCAACCUACCGUGUCAAGAUCUUCCACUGAGGCUGAGUAUAGAGCCCUUGCUCAAACUGCUGCUGAAUUAAGCUGGCUUGGCAUGCUACUGUCAGAUCUUCAUAUCACAGUUCCAGCUCCCAUGCUUUGGUGUGAUAAUCUAUCUGCAAUUUCCUUAUCCAGCAAUCCUGUGUUUCAUGCCAGAUCUAAACAUAUUGAAGUUGAUUAUCAUUAUGUUCGCGAAAGAGUUGCAGCCAAGAAACUUCUUAUUCAUCAUGUUUCUUCCAUGGAUCAGCUUGCGGAUUUGUUCACCAAACCUCUCCCCUCUUCUCGGUUUUUGUAUCUGCAGAACAAGCUUCUUGGAUCUUUCAUCCCUCUCAGCUUGCAGGGGCCUGUUAAAGAGUCUAGCCAUGAGCAAGCUUCUAGUCCUGAUCAAGCUUCUCCAGCUCCAGCUCCAGCUACUCAGUAA